AUGACCAUACAUGAGCCCGAGAUCAGGUUCUCGUUACACAUCGCACUUAAAUCAAGUACGAUGCAGAUUUCCUCCGAACUUGACGGAAUCAAUCAAACCCUCUUCGAAGCUGAUCAAAAGAAGCUCUUCUACGGAAUAACGAUUUUUCUGACAGUUGUCUAUUACAAACACAACCCUAACGAUUUCUGGUUCUUUCAAUAUGCGGUGGCCCUACUGUGGAUAUUCGAUACACUUCAUGUCGCCUUGACCACCCAUACACUUUAUUUCUACCUUUUCAAAACAUCCGGAAACUAUAUCGCCCUGUUCACAAUCGUCUGGCAUCUCCGUCAGCUGCAGCUCCUGAUCAAUAUGUUGAUUGUCACUGGUGUUCAAACUCUUGCCAUGGUUCAUUCUACGUUUGGUGAGAUUUCCCGCAUCUCUAAAAACAAAGAGGCAAAGCGACUCAAUCUUUUUAUAGGCAUAGGUCUCUAUACGAUCCAUGAUAUAUAUACCCUUACGAGCUUUGUGGGCAUUUCGACUAUCAGAGUGCAUGAUUCUCAUCCAGCCUGGCGCGAUGUAUUCUUAUCUGCGCAAGGGCAGGUCGACGGCCAGCUUCACCAGUACAUUGCCUGGCCAGAUACCCUCAUUUUCGUAGCGAUCAACUUCACAUUGCCAAAGGGCUCAACUCGCGCCCGACUUCGACGUGGUCUACCGGAAAAGAACAUCAUGUUCAAGACCAAAAGACAAUCAGUUUUACUUCCCCUGUCACCGGAAGCGGGACUGAUUCAAGACUGA